CCUACAAACGUGUCGCACGAAAAAGCAGUGCGCACGCUCAAAAUGUCCCCACCCUGCCUCGAGCAAUUUCCUUCCCCUUUUCUCUCGCCCAGCCAUUUCUUUCCACCGCAAGAUAAUGGAUACCGUCUUCCCAAAACGACCCUGCUCCGUUAACUAUAUUUCUCCCGAUACCCCAGCUCGGGUUUCAAGAUCCGACGAGAUGGACCGGCUCCUCGAAAUCUUCCUAGGCUUUUCGGACUCCUCUCUCGACCUCUCCCUGGAGCGACUUCUUGAAUCUAGGGCUUGCGAUUCGGAGAAGAACAGUCUCAUCGACAGCGCGCUCCGACUGGGAUCGGUCCUUCAGGAAUCGGCAAAGAAAUCGUGGAGGAGACGUGCUUCGUUGCACAAUUCAAUAUCGUGGCCGCUUCCGCCGGAUAUCACCGUCAAAGUGUUCUCGGCACUUGAUACACAAAGCCUUUGCCACACUGCUGCUACUUGCUCUAUGUUCAACAAGUGUGCGAUGGAUCCAUUGUGCUAUGCCAACAUUGACUUAACAUCUAUAGUUCCAAAGGUUAAUAACACAGUCGUGACCAUGAUGAUCCAACGAGCGGGGAAAAAUCUACUGUCACUCAAGCUUGGGAUAUUGCCUGGUUCUACGGUAUCAACUGGAACUUCUCGACCAGCUUACUCCAUCAAUAUUCCUGUAGAUACACCAGUUUUCUCAUGGCAUGACAAGAGAACUAGGCAAGGGAAGGAGUCAUGUGUUUUGACAAGGUCAUGUUUACUGUCUUUAAGUACAGACGGUGGUGCUGCUGGGGCUCUUUUGAGGAAGUUGCACCUCUACAAUAUUGAUAGAAUGGACAAUGCAGCACUUUGCACAGCAUUAUCUGCCUGUCCAUCUCUCCUUGAUCUUGAAGUUGUUGGCCUACAUGUUGAACUCAGGCACACACUGGAGUCUGUGAGCACAAACUGUCACUUGAUAGAGCGUUUGUUCUUUGAGUCUUCCAAAACAGGCAGAGAUGAUAGUUUGAAGUCCCCAACUUGUGCUGAUCUGGUAAAUCGGUGCCCCAAUGUAACUUCCUUGGCCCUCAGAGGGUUUAAGCUUCAGGAUCAUAAAGUCCGUACACUCGUUAAGGGAUUUCGCAAGCUGAAAUUUGUUGAUUUUUCAACAUCUUACUCAGUUACUGGCAUCUUUCUAAGGAACCUUGGCAGUGGAACAAAUGGACAAUUUCUAGAGUUUUUAAUUUUACGCGACUGCAUGCAUCUCAAAGAAGUGGAAGUUGCACGGUUUUUAUCAUCAGUUCUUGCAGGAGAUUUCAAAUUCCUUAGAUAUAUUGACAUAUCUAACAGGGAAGGUCUAGCUUCAGACGAAGAUUGGUAUGACAGAUGUUACACACCAAGUAAUAUCCCUCUAUCUCGUGUCCAGGAAGAAAGGCCUGAGAUCUGUUUGCUUGCUGAUUUUCCUAAAGAGGGGAGCUUUGUCGAGGUCGAACAUAUAAUUGAUAGCGAAGUAAACAGUGAUGCCAGCUUACAGUUGCAGCUAAGUAGUCAGACAUCUGAUGGGUCAUCGUUCAUGAGUUCAUCUGAGAGUAGCUAUACUAGUGAUCAGGGUAGUGGCAACGAAGAUGGUCACAAUACCACUUAUGCAAUCUAUGAGGAGAGCUCUGAUGAGAUAGAGUUUCUGGCCACGUAGCCAAAGAUCUAGGAUGGUUGUAAGAGCAGGCAUUUUCAGCCAUACAAAUUUGGAAAGAUGUGGGGUGGCUGCAUACAUCAGUCGUCUGUGGCAAAAUGGCAAGGCGAGCUGACUAAUAAGUCUGCCUAUUAGAUCAAGGACUCUUUUUCAGGGCAUCAGAUGUAUAUGUUUGGCUCAAGAUCUUCGGUCAUGAGAAAAAUAUAUUUUGCAUCUACAGAAGAAUUGCAGCUUGGUUUACAGGGUACGGCAACAAGUUUCUCUUAUUUUAUAAUUUUUUUUUUUUUUUUUUCUCCCUAAAAAGCAGUGAAGCAUUAAAGGAAGAAAGCCCUUGUGAGGACUUUUCUCUUCCAUAUACGAGCCCCUGCUAACAUAUGUUGUUCAUCAUCAAAUAUUAAUGAUGGUUUGCAAGCAGAUACUGUUACUGUGCAUCUCCUUUGCAGUGGCCGCAUUUUCUUUUAUUCUCCAAGUACACCUCAGUGGAUAGAUUAAUGGCGUGGCCUGCUUACAUGCUAUUUAGAAUUUAUAUGUAAAAGAAGAUAUUUGAAUGACUGAUUGUAAAUCGCCCAGCCCAUUUCUGCUGCCUGUGCCAUUCAGUGCUUGUUCCACCGCUUUGGUUGAGAUGUAGCCAUAAGAUCACAGUGGGAUGUUUGUAACCAUACUAUCAAUGGUUUCCGUGGAAAAGCUCUUUGACUAGAAA